CCUAAUCUCGUACACUUAACUGACUACACAGCAACCACCGCCGCCGGCCCCUUUUUUCUCGUCCAUGUGGUCGUAUUUCGGCAUCUUUCCCCCGAGCACGGCCUUGGCCAUCCACUUGUAGUACGAGAGCCGCUUGCCGUGCGCCUCGACCUCGCGCUUCUCCGACACGUAGUCGUCGGUGAUGUCGACGCCGGGCAGGCGGUCCACGUGCCGGUUGUAGGCCUCGACGACGUCGUCGUCCUCCGUGCACAUGAGGAACGUCACGAAGACGCUCGGCUUCUUCGAGCCCACCAUCUGCCGCAGCCCGUCGAAGGUCACGUCCGAGGGCUCGCCGUCCGUCAUGACCAAUACAAUAAGCUCCGUCUCGUUGCUGUGGCCCUUGGGGUGCCACUGGCCGCUCAGCAGCGGCCGCAGGCGCGCGCCGAGUGGCGUCCGCCCGCGCGCCGGGCGCCCGUAGAACAGCGUCUCGACGUGCUGCUUGCUGUGGAUCUCGUGCCACGUCGGGUCGUUCAGAAACUGCACGUGGAACCCGUCCGAGUGGUCCACGACGAGGAGCAAGUGCGCGAGCUUGAUCAAGGUUUCCUGCAGCUCCUCCCACCGCGUCUUCGGGUUCAUCGUGUUCGUCGGGUCGGCGAUCUGGUUCAUGGAGCCGCUGUCGUCGGCGACCACCACGAUGUCCGUUCCCGCGAUCGACAGCAGGUCGCGCACGACGUCCUCGGGCAGGUCCAGCUCGUCCUGCAUGUGCCGCACGCGGUCGCCCACGGUCAGGUUCGGCGCCUGGUUCACGAGGCCGACAACCUGGCCCGCCUGCUGCUGUUGCGCGAUCGGCUGGGGCGGCGCCGAGAUGGGCACCGCCGGCGGCGGCGGCGGGUGGAGCGAGUAGGGCGGCGGCGGCUCACUCAUGGUUGCGCGUAGCGUUGCUGCGUAACUUUGCUGCGUCCCGCUGCGUUGCUAAUGCAACAGAUCCGCUCUCUGGCGCCGAAACUGCCUCGAAAAAACUUCGUUUGUACAGU